AUGCGUAAACGCAGUACGCCGGCUGCCUUGCGCACGGCUGCACCAGCAGCAGCCAUAGCACCUCAUCGAAUCCCAAUACUUCGCACAAUGUACAUAGUAGCCGCUACGGUGCUCUUCUUCUUCCUCAACCUCUAUUUUAUCUACAUUUACGUACAAAACAGCUCGAAAGACGAUGUGAUGAGGUCGUUUGAAAAGGCGGAGCUGCAGCAGCCGAGAGAAGAACCGCAAACGUCUCGACCAACCACACCUACGAUAAAUUUCCAUUCAUGUGACAUCAGUGACCCAUUGGCCCUUAGCGCUUUAUCAAGAGCCAAAACGGAAUCUUGUAGGAGGAAGGUAAGCAGAUAAUC